AUGCCUCUUCAAGAAAUUGGCGCGCAGGACGACAGACUCCUCCAAGACAUUGCCGACCGCAUGGUCAAAUCGCACAAAAUACUACUCAUCACUGGCGCCGGCAUCAGCACAAGUUGUGGUAUUCCUGACUUUCGUUCUAAGGACGGUCUCUAUAAUCUCAUACCAGAACAAACACCCACUCCUAUGUCCUCGAUGCCUUCUACGCCGUCCAGAAGUCGCUACUCCUCUGAGGAGUACUUCCCUUCCUCCAGGCCGACUACUAGCAGCCGAGUAACUGUCUCUCCCACCUCGAAACUUAAAGGACAAGACCUCUUCGACGCAAGUGUCUGGAAAAAUGCCCACACCACCGAAGUCUUCUAUCGUUUCAUUGCAUCGUUGCGACAGAAGAUUCGGGACGAAGUGAAGGAAACAAGUCCGACUCACAAAUUCAUACGCACUUUGCGGGAUGGAGGUAGAUUAAUGCGGUGCUAUACGCAGAACAUAGACGGACUUGAACGACGGGAGAAUUUGUCCAUGGACUUAGGCCAUGGCAAAGGCACCAAGAAGAGGUUUAUGAAGAAAGUAUGGGAAGCGCCACGUCCUGAGGCAGCACAAAACAGCGAUGCAGAUGGUGGAUGCGAAGUUGUGCCUUUGCAUGGAGAUCUAGAGGUCCUACGGUGCACGUUAUGCCUGGAAAGAAGUCCAUGGACCGAAGAGAUGACUGAAAGAUUUCUGAAUGGACUGGCUCCGGAGUGUUCAGUAUGCGCCAGAAAGAGUUGCGACAGGCAAGAGAGAGGCAAGCGCGGCGUCGCUGUUGGCUCCUUGCGACCCAACAUUGUGCUUUAUGGAGAGGAGCAUCCUUCGAAUCAGCUGCUAGCGCCACUUGUUCCAUUCGACCUGGGUAGCGGGCCGGAAAUUCUGAUCAUCAUGGGCACCUCGCUGAAAGUCCAUGGACUGCAGAAAGUGGUUAGAGAAUUCGCGAAGAAGAUCCAUGCCCGGAAGGAUGGCAAAGGAAAGGUCAUCUUCGUGAACAGGACCAAACCGGCAGAAAGUGUCUGGGAAAAUGUGAUUGAUUCAUAUGUGGCCAUGGACUGUGACGAUUGGGUGAUGGACUUGAAGAGGAGGCGACAAGACUUGUGGUGGCGACAAGGCGAGCUGGAUCUGAAAACUACGAAGCCUACCACCAAGAAGAGGAAAUGCACUACGGAUGACUCUCCUACACCGUCGAAGCGACCCAAGAUUGUUGUUGAAGUCCCGACCAGGCGCCGGACCAUGACAGCAACACCAUGGAAGCCCGAAGUCAUGAAAGCAGAACCUGAUUCAUCCCUCAUGACACCUCCACCCAGCCGUGGAAAGGGUUCGGCCUCAACACAACGCAGUGAUACGCCACCACCCUUCGAGCCACUCACUCCGCCAUAUUCCGGCCCCACCUUCAAAAGACUCCUGUUCAACAAUCCAUUUCGACGCCUCUUCAGCACGCCUGCACAACCGCCAUCAUCUCCGCCCAGGAAUACCUGGAAGCCCUCUAUCCUCCAAUCCGACCGAAGCGGCAUGACUUCUCCAGAGCGCCCAAGCGUCUUCUCGCCAAUCGAGGAGAGAGCCGAGAGACGCACGAAGAGGUCGCAGCAGGUCAUCUAUGAGGAUGAUCCCGAGCUGGAGAUUGCGGAGUCUCAGGAUGAGGAUGGCGAAGAGCGUGAGGGAAGUGGGAGUGUGUUGGAUACGCCGUCGAAGAGGAAGAUUGAGGUCCUGAGGCCGAUUUCGGAUUCUGCGCUCAAUCUUGGAAUGGGGAGGGAGUGGCCUGUGGAGGCGGGUAAGAGGACCGUUGCUUUGGCUGGCGAAGAACUUGAGGGUGGGCGGACGGCGAAGAGGAGGAAGAGGGCAUCAGUGGCUUGA